AUGGCCUUCCAUGACGAAGCCCAGCUCUUCCGAGAGGACUGUUUGAAGUCAACUAGCAAGGGACCUUGGAAUGCAGCAGCAUCGAAGUCCGGGCGCUUUCCAGGCGCAUAA